AUGAGCAGUCGAGAAGUAGAACUUAUCAGUGCUAAAGGCAUGUCGGCUGCAACUUCAAACGUAGGUUGUUUCAUAUGUGGCAAGUUCUUUUGUUCGACAGACAGUAUUUAUGCCACUAAAAAAUGUGGACACGUCUUCCACAAGGAUUGCCUACUGCGGUGUCUAAGCAAAUCGGUCUCGUGCCCCCAGUGUCAUUCUCCCUGCCACAAUCAUCUUAUCCACAAACUUAACCUGAACUUUGGCGAUGCAACGAAUCUCUACAGCACAGAGUCUAGUACUUUCUAUUUCGAGUGGAUGUUAUUGGAUCUGGUUGGGGAGGACAGUACGAUCCAAUCCCAUCUGCCCCCUGAGGGUGCUAUUGAAUGUGGUCUCAGCGAGAAUGGACAUCCCACAUUUGUAGCACGAACUUACUUUAAAGACGAUUGCCUCCCGGCCCAAUAUGUGCCCAGUGAAAAGAGGGCCUAUUUGAGUCGGAAUGGUCGCGCUUAUAUAAGUCGCACAGUUGUGGAGUUGCUGGUGUUAAAAGAUUGUGACUACAAUUGGGUGGCUGGUCGGCAUGGUACUCAUCCGUACGAUGCGCUGCCCACCGGAUACUCGCAUCUCGGCGAGGUGACCUACACAGGACGCAGCCUUUUCGGUGGAGUCAUCCGUCUGGGCAAGGUUUAUCCGUCUUACAAAAAGAUGUUCAUACCACACCAGCGACAGGAGAUGGGUCUAGAUUCCUACGAGGUUCUAGUGGUUACUCCACGAGAGCAGGUCGACCGCUAA